GGCGACCGCCCUCUCACAGCUCCUUUCACUCGUACUCACAAAAUGAACACAGACCUGCACUCCAACACCGAGCAAUCUGCACCAAGCCAUGAAGAGCCAGCACCGCUGGAUAGUUACGAGCUGUACUGGCGAGACCGGCAGAAGAUGCUCGAAGAUCGCGGGUACAUGCUGCGCCCUCGGUAUUGCGACCAAGGGACAAAGGAGGGACGCGUCAAAGCGACUCCCAUCGACCCACCGCUCUAUGAAAACUAUGCAGUAAAGCGUCCCGUGCGGACGAACAUCAUGGACGCCACUCGCAUCUCGGACGGCAAGCUGGUGAUGAUCAAAGCAGGGCCUACAAAAGCCGAAGAGUUCAAGAUGAUCUUGCGGCUUUCGACGCCUGAACUGCGCGCAGACCCGCGAAACCCUUGCGUGCCGAUGCUGGACCACUUCGUCGACAUCCACGACGACCAGAUCUCGUACAUCGUCACGCCAUUCUUCAGACGUUUCGACGACCCGCCUUUCCAAACAUUCCAGGAAAUCUUAGACUGUAUAGAUGCCUUGUUGAACGUAUGCAGCGCCGAUUGCGCCAGGGAGAACGUUGUCAUCGAUGCUGCCGCGCUCUAUCCGCAAGGUUUUCACCCCUCCCAACUGGACAUGCUACCAGACCUUAGUGGUCCUGCUCCCGUCUUGAAAAGAUCUCAAUCGCCAUGCCGGUACUAUUUCUUCGAUUACGAGCAGUCACUGUACAUCCCAGUGGAUGUGUCCCCUAAAAUUGCCCCUUGCUGGUUCGGAUGGGAUUCAAAUAUUCCCGAAGUUGAGUUCAGCGGCAGACCGUACGAUCCGUUCAAGGCGGACGUAUGGCUGCUCGGGAGGGUAAUCUCACGGGAAAUCUGCUGCGAAUGGUCCGGGUUCGAUUUUGCGUUCUCCGUGUCGAUGGCGAUGGCAAGCGACGAUCCUGCCCUGCGACCGGACCCCGCAAGUUGUCUGGCGGCGUGGAAAGACGUGAGCUCAAAGAUAGGCCUGAGACGGCGCUGCGCCAGAGCACGUUUGCGGCACAGCGGCAAGCCCAAUACGGGGUCACAAGUGCAAGAUUUCCUCUUAUAUAUCCGCGCACUUCGAACGCGCGGCCUCGAAAAAUUCCGGCUUCUUUGUUAG